UCUUCAAUAAAUGUUUACUAAAACGCAAUUCUAUAUAAUGGACUAAAGAUUGCCCUUAUUUAAAUCUCUGUGAGUGUAAAUGGUGACUACAUUUAUGGAAUGCGAUAUUUCGUUCGUGUUUAAAGCACAAAAUAAAACAAAAAAACGUGAGAGAAACGUGAGUAAUUACAAAUUGAAAAAGAGAACAACAUGUUGUCAUCUACAACAACAACAACAACAGCAACACUAUAACAAAGAGCAAGAGGCACAAAAAUUGUUUCAAACUUAAACAUUACAAUUCAGAUACAAAUCGUGAUUCUAUAACGUAACAAGCGACUAAACGAGUGUUAACGGUUAAAAAUUUAUUUAGCGAAUAGCAAAAGCAAAAAAAAAAUCUCAAAAAGCAAACAAAAAAAAAAAAAAUAAUUAAAUAAAAGAAAAAAAAAAUUACAACAAAAAGAAAAAAAAUCUAAAGAAACAAAUUAAAUUAAAGCAAAUAAUUUAAGGCGAAGAUUUAUUUAUAGUCUCGCCUUCAAACUAGAGAGUGACUAGAAAGAAAUUUCUUUAAAAAUUAAAUCUUAUUAAAUUUAUUAAAAAAAAACAAGUUUAUAAUUAGUGUAAAACAAAAGCAUAAAUUGGGAAAUUGUGUUACCAAAAACGAAAAGCUGUUUGAAAAAAAAAAAAAAAACAAAACGAAAUAUUUAUUUAUUGAUUUACGAUUUAACCUUACGAAAAACCACGACUUACUUGGUCGUUCAUAAAUUUUGUGUUUGUGUGCGUGUGUUUUUGUGAGUGUUUGUCAGUAUUUUGUUUUAUUUUAUAUUUUGUUCAAAAAUUUUUUUGUGUAAAACGACGGUGACAAAAUAAGAAAAAACGAGUGAAUUUUACCGAUUUUUCAUCAUCAUCAUCGUAAUUUACAACAACUGAAAACCAUAGUGUGGGGUGUAUAAAAAAGAGUUCAACAGAAAACUUUUAUCAGACCAACUAAAUAAAGCGUUUGGUGGUGAAGAAAAAAAGCUGAAUAAAAUACAACAAAUGACAAUUUAAAUAUAAAUACAAAAGAAAAGCAGCAAAAGAUAAAAACCAGAAACUAAAUAAAUAAUAAAAAACAAACUCAAAAUAAAUUCUUAAACAAAUAAAAUAAACAAAAUGUUUUAAAAGAAAAAUUAUAUUUUUUAAAAAAGUUUAAUUAAAAACAAAACCAAAAGAAAAUUAAUUAAAUUUAUAUAUAAAACAAAACCCCCCAUUUAAAUGGCUUUUAUAAUAAAAGAAAAAACUAUAAAAAUUAGUUGUUAACAAAUUGUUUUAAACUAAAAAACACCCUUUAAACACAAACUUUACGAAAACAAAUCCAUGUUGAGAUACAGAUUGGUGUCGACACACUUUUUAAAACAACCGUAAAUUGUGGAAAUAUAAAAAUUUUACAAAAAAACGGGUACAAAAAUUUUCAACAAAAUAAAGACCUUAAGGCUCGCAAAUAUUUAUAAAAAUAAAAAUACGGGAAGCAACGUUAAAUUGUUAAUUUAAUUAUAAUAAGAAAAACACAUAACAAAAAAAUAUUAUUUAUAAGCCUAAAAGUAUGCUAUAUAUCUAAACAACUUUAGCGGAAAAGAAAAAUAAGUAAAGAAGUAAAUGUGAGUAACUAACGGUAAAUAAAGCAAAAGUAACGGUAAAAGGGCUGGAAAUAAAAGCCAUAACUAGUGGUGGACGAGAGAGAGCGAAAGAAAGAAAGUAAGAGAACGUGAAUAAACAUCUAUAGGCAAGAGAACGACAGAGAAAGAGAGAGAGCGAGAAUUAGAGCUGUAAAAGUUUAAAAGCUAAAAACUAAAUACGAAAAUGUGCAGAGAUCGCGAUAUGAUUUUGCCAUAGAUCAGCGUAAUCGCCAGUAUAAAGUUAAGAAAAAAAUUAAAGUUAAAUAAAUUAUAUAAAAUUUACAACAACAAAAAACCCUAAAACUUCUUCUAAAAAAAACUUCUAUAUAAAAAUCCCAAAAAAAAAGUGUUAAAAUUUUAAAAAUAAUCCUCAAAAUUUAAAACAAUUCUUUAAGAUUUAAAACAGUUAAAAAUUCCCCCCAAAAAAAUGUGACUCUAUAAUUGUUAUAACGUAAAAUAAAACAACAACAACUUUUAUAACAAAUCAAACCACGCCUUAAAUAUCAUCCUUAAAGGGUUAACGUGUGUCAAAAGGGUUUAUUCCGAAAAUAAUCAGAAACGUGUGCAAAAAGAGGGACUAUAUCGUCGAUGUUAAAAGGAGUACAAAAGGAGAUCUUUUAGAGAAUUAAGUGUGUUAAAGUAACGGUUUUAUUUUCGUAAUUUUAAACGUGUUUUUCUUCGCCUUCAAGUUAAAAACAAAAAACAAAUUUGAGCAGAUCGUGUAAAGAAGAAAAGCUCUGCAACGUAACAGGAAAAAAAGUUAUUUUGUCUCAAUAAAAAACCAGCAAGAUUGAAGACUUUGUAAAAAACCUUUGGAAGUCUGUUAAGGCUUGCGUUUGCGGCAUGCGCCAUCCUAAUACUGGACUAAGCGAAGACGACCUAAGUCGUCUUACUGGUUCUUCAUCUUCGUCAGCAUCUUGUCGUAAUAAUAAUAACAAUAAUUGUAAUACAUUAUCCUCUUCCUCCUCCUCAUCGUCUUCGUCAUCAUCUUCCUCCUCCUCCUCUUCUUCGUCCUCAUCAUCGGCUUCAUCGUCCGGUGCUAAUACUCCUGAUGAUUGUAAAAAUCAAAAACAACAACAUAUCAAAAAUAAACAUGAUACAAAAUCUCCUUCAAAACAUCAUCAACACCAACAACAACAUGCUUCGUCAUUACCCGAACAAUUGGAAAAUAAUAAAAACACACAAACACGUUUCAAUUCCACAUAUCUGCCCGAGAUCAUAAAUCCUUUAGAAUGGCAAAAAUCACGUAAACGCAAAGAACGUCUCGACAGCAGUUCUUCACAAACACAGGAUCGUAAAUUACAGCGUUCGAAUAGCGAGGAACUUUUGCCACAGGACAACGAAGGCAAAUUGCAAAAUAAUAAUAAUGUAGCCUCCACACCCUCGGAUUUGGGAGUGAACACCUUAAAAUCUCUCAAAAAUGCCGAUAAUAUAAGAAGAGUUUCAUCGGAGGAUUUCAAACGUACACCCUAUGAGGUGUAUGAACAGGAAUUGAAAGAAACAGAAAAUGUUAAUGGCUCCAAGGCCUCCGAUGAAAAUGAUGGCAGUUUGGCUAAUCGCCAGUCACAGCGCUGUCAGGCCUGGACAGUGGGUGUGCCUAUUAAGGAUAUGACUAGAAGAUCACGUUAUGAAACUAGUCCGGCCCGUUCACAGCGUCACUCACCCAUACGGGUGUGUUUCAGUGGCAAUGGCAAUAAUGGCAAGCAUCGCGAUAACAGCGAUGAUAGUGAGUGUGAGCACGAACGUCGUCGCAGCAGUGAACGUUUCUGCAAGUCUCGUGCUCCUCCUGGGCGCAAAGCUUCGGGUGUAACCAAGAAAUCGACCAAUUCCUCUAAUGCCAUCAGAUACUUGCCCUCCAAGUUGAAUGAUGAAAAUGUCUAUAAAUACGAUUUGUCGGCUUUAAAACAUGAAAGACGUGGUUUUAUAAGUAAGAAAUCAUCAUCAUUAUCAUCAUCUGCAGCAACAGCAUCCACAAAUGCCGGCGAGAAAAAUAAUACCAACGAUUUGAAUGACAAUAAUUUGAUAGAUUUCAAUAAUGCUUCUAGCAAAACUUUGGCCAAAACUAUAUCACCAACCGCCUCCUCGAAUGGCUCCACAGAUGAUGUUAACAUCAAUGCCUCAAACAGUUCGCAGCAGCAGAAAACAUCAGCCAACAGCAGCAAGAACAGCAGUCAAAACAGUUUACACAAACUUCCUCUAACCACCUCAGCUCAAGAUGCACUGCCAUGGGAUCGUUCGGUACCCGAAGAUCAAACUCCCGUUUUAAGCAGACGUUACGCUACCGUACGUCCGCAUUUAGUCGAUUCCAUUGAUACGGCUGCUAAACUAUCCAAGGUUAAGCCUUUUGCUCAGCCAUAUCACAAACAACAUCAGACCGCAGCCCAAAUGUUGGCCAGCGAUCUGGAUGAUGAUGAUUGCAUGGAAUCCACAUUUCGGGCUUUCACUUCUUUGGAGAAUAUGAAAACACGUGAGCUUAUGCAACAGGUUAUACCCAAUGUUAUGGCCUUUCAAUCUCCCGAGGAACGCAUGAAACAGAUUAACAAACGUGUUACGGCCCUAAAGAAGAAACUCUCUCAACUGGAAGAUUCCUAUGAAGUGCGUUGUGGUUAUAAGCCCUCGCAAGCAGAUCGUUUAAAUGACAAAUAUAUGAAACAUAUAUUAUCGGAAUUGAGCAAAUUGCGUAAAGAGCGUCAUGAGUUAAAGGCUGAUCCAAUGGCUGCUCUGGGCCUUAAAGUUAGCGGUGGCAUGGAUGCUGAACAGAAAUUAUUGAAAAUGAAAGCUACUUUGUUAGAAAUUGAACAGAGUCUAGCCGAGAAACGUGAAGAUACAAAUCGUUCCGAGACAUUAGAAGAACUAACCGCCGAUCAAUUGGUACAAGAAAAAACUGCUGUACAACAUGGUCUUCUGUACUUCGAAUCAUUGUACGGAAGACCUUCGACAAAAGAUGAACGUGAUGCGGCACGCCCACUAUACGAUCGUUAUCGUCAACUCAAACGUAUGGUAUCGCGUAGUGUCACCUUAACCGGUUCUUGCCUAGGUGGAGCACCAGAAUUGCCCACAAUUUUAGAACAUGAAGCCAUGGUUUUCGAAGCAACACCCCUGCAAUAUUCCUCCAAUAACAGUACUGAGACUACUAACUCACCUACAACCGAUUCACAGCAACCGCCCACUACCGCCAGUUCAGAUGAGUCCACAACCACUACAACAACAGUUAACACACAACCUUCGCAGCAGGAAAAUAUUAGUUUCCUAACCAUCGAACAGUUGUGGGAUAAUUUGGAUAAGACAAGGGAAGAAAAGAAACUGUUAAAGCGUAUAAUACGCGAAUAUGAGACUGUAUUCGAGGAACAAAAUGGUCGUAAAAUGUUAAAGAGUGAUCGUAAAACUAUCGAAGAAACCUAUGCCCAAUAUAAGGAGAAAAAGGCAAAGACACGUCUCUUGCAGGCUUUGAUUAAAAAGCAAAUAUCACGCUGAAGGGUUAAUUUGGAAAUAUAUAGAUAUACAAAUAUACAAACACACAAAAUGUAUGUAGUAUAGAGUAUAGAACAGUUUAGUAAAGUUAUAUUAAAAGUUUUUAUUAUUAAAACAAAAAAGCUUAAUAUAACAGCUGGACGAGAGAGAGCAAAAGAAAAAAUGUUUGUGAGCUAAAGCUAAGAAAGCUUAAGUAGGUUUAAACACCUUUGUUAGAAAAUAUUGAAAAUGUUAUACAAAAGCUUUAACAAAAAGCUUUUGUUUAACAUAGUAAAAUAUAACAAUAUUUUAUAUGUAUUUAAAGAGAACAACAACAAACCCCUUUAUAAAAAGCAUCUCAUUUAUAACAGUUUUAUAACAUUUUUUAUUUUUUAUUUCCUAUUAAGGAAAUAUUAAGGAAAAAGUUUGGUUUUAAACCAAUUUAUUUUUUAAACUUGUUUUAAAACAAAGAAGUUUUUUUUUAUGUGCUUAACUUCUUGUUAUUGAAAAAAUAAUACAGUUUUUUAAAAAAAAAUUUUGUUUAAUUUUUAAGUAAAAUAUAAAUAUUGUUUAGCAUCAUUUUAUAUACACACUUACAUAAAUUAUACAUUAUACAUACUUAUUAUAUUGUUAUUAUUUAUUACAUACUUUAUUUAUAAAUUAUGUAUUUUAUUUUUGAUUUUCUUUUUUUUUCAUUAUUUCAUAUAUUUUUUUUUUUAUUAUUAUUUCGCUUGUUAUAUAGUCUAGACAUGCCAUAAAUAGUUUUAAUGUUGAU